CAUCCUGAUGCUGACGAGACAGAGAAGAGUCUCUCCAGAUCAGAACACCAGAUGGACAAUGCUAGCCCUUCCGCCCUCCCGGAGUCCCUCUAUCGUGCCUCUCCCGGUAGCACCUUACUACUGGGUAUGAAGAGGUUGUCUGUGCUGCUGGUGGACUGCAGGAAAACAACAGGGCUGAGUGGAACUGUGAGAGGAGGAGAAGAGAAGAAAGGAUCAGAUUUGACUCAUCAAAGAGGAAAACCAAACUUGGAGGAACCAAAGACCUCCACAACAUCAAGACAACACCUCUGCUCCCAGAUCAAGUUAGGAAGCCUGAAAAGACCUGAGAGGACACACACAGGAGAGAAGCCAUACCAUUGCGGCCAGUGUGGAAAGAGUUUUAGCCUGUUAGGAAGCCUGAAAGCUCAUGAGCGAAUACACUCAGGAGAGAAGCUAUACCAUUGUGGCCAGUGUGGAAAUAGUUUUAGCCAGUUAGGAAACAUGAAAAGACAUGGGAGGAUACACACAGGGGAGAAGCCAUACCACUGCUCCCAUUGCGGAAAGAGUUUUAACCAUUUACUUAACAUGAAAAGACAUGAGAGGAUACACACAGGAGUGAAGCCUCACCAUUGCUCCCAGUGUGGAAAGAGUUUUACGCAGUUAGGUAUCCUCAAAGAUCAUUUGCGAAUACACACAGGGGAGAAGCCUUACUACUGCUCCCAUUGUGGAAAGAGUUUUAACCAUUUACUUAACAUGAAAAGACAUGAGAGGAUACACACAGGAGUGAAGCCUCACCAUUGCUCCCAGUGUGGAAAGAGUUUUAUGCGGUUUGGUAUCCUCAAAGAUCAUUUGCGAAUACACACAGGGGAGAAGCCUUUCCUUUGCGCUCAGUGUGGAAAGAGUUUUAGCCAGUCAGGAAACCUGAAAGUGCAUGAGCGAAUUCACACAGGGAAGAAAUCUUACCACUGAUCCCAGCGUGCAAUGCGUUUUUACCCAAUUAGGACACCUGAAAGAAGACAUGAGACCGCACAUGGGGGAGAAGCCUUACAAAUGUUCAGACUGGGGGGAAGGCAUUUUACUCAUCAGUAGCGUAAAAAAAAUGUGAGAAUCCACACAGGAGAGAAUGUUUACUUGUUUAUAUAUAAAUAUUUCUGGAUUUUUGACUUCUCAUUUUGUCUGUCAUAGUUGUAGUGUACCUAUGAUGAAAAUUACAGGCCUCUCUCAUCUUUUUAAGUGAAUUUGCACAAUUGGUGGCUGACUAAAUACUUUUUUUGCCCCACUAAGUGUAUGUAAACUUCCAACUUCAACUGUAUGUUAUUUUAAAUGCUAAUCCUUUGCACACGAAUGCUCACUCAUUCAGGAAUAAUUGCAGUCAAUAUAUAUUUACGCCGUUGUGAUCUGUUGGAAUCCAGUCCGUCUGCUGGAGAGUUCAUCUGAGUCUCUCUCCUUCUGUUUCCCUGAAGUUCAAAGUCUUUCUUGGUUAGAAUGGAUACCUCAGAUUACCAUUCAGAAAUGUUCUCAUAGAAUAGAUGUUUCGGCGGUUGUCGUCAUUCGCAUCCCAGGUUUACAUCAUUUCUAGCUGCCCCCACAGACCUACCAAUGCUCUUACUCUGUUGGAAUUGAUAGUCUCAGAGUUGAACCAUUUCCAGCCGUGUAGCCAAUGCUCCACGUGGGAUGGUUUUCUAGUCUUGGAACUCAAAUGUGCCACCUCAGCUUACACCAAGGUAUGCGUUGUCUAAACUAUUCGCAAUCACAGCUCACGCUGUGAUUGGUUUGCUCAGUCUGAAGAGGAUUUUUUUUAGGAGGGGCUUUUAUUCGUAACAAUAGGAUAGGCGGUUCCAUGACACCAGAUCAUGUCUGUGCCCUCGGGGACGGACCAAUGACUUAGUUAAACUUUUAAAGGAAUACAAAUCUCUCACAUUAAAGGUUUAACAUCACAUUUCAUAUAUAGUUGCAUCUUUACUCAUUCAUUUCAUACAAUAAUUAGAUGCAAACCCCAUAAUUGAGAAAUGUACACAUUCAGAGACAUAGUUAUGUGUGUUUCCUGUCCUCUCUGAGGUCACCAAAUGAAACACACUCAACAUAACUGUCCCUUAAGUGUCCACAGACCCUUCCCACACUCUCAAAGGUGGACAUAUAGUUUAAUUUGGCCAUUUUGGGGAUUUAGGAGUGCGGCCAUGUGAAUUCCUUUGUUCACUCUGUGGUCUCUCUCUGUAUGAAAAGGGGGAUAGAGUCUCUGCCAGGAAUUUACGACCUGAGAUAACAGAACCUGGGCCACAAUCUAUACCCAGAAAAGGCCACAUCAUGA